CACAUGACCACACAUCCGCUCUGUGACUGUUGCUGUUAUGACAACGCACUGCGAAAGUUGGAUGAAUGGCUUCAGUGAAGAAAAAGAGCCAGGUUUCCUCCUCUAAAGUGCGCCAGAGGUCUCUGUCAUGUACCGUAUACUUGGACGUUCAUAGAGUUACAUGUCCAGAUGUGCUCCUGUCUAAAAAGAAGGAUCUCUACCUCAGUGUGUGUAUCAUGGGCCAGUACAGGAAGACCCCCUGUUUGCUACCUGUGUUUCCUUUGAACUUUCACCACAAAAUGGUAUUUUUCAAGACUUUCCCUGGCGUGGUUGACCCUGCUGAUGUUGCUGACUUCCUUGAAGCUGACACAACAUCUUUUGAGCUGAUUCAGUUGGUGCCUCCAGAGGGUGAAAUCCUUGCUACAAUGGAGGAGAGCACAAGAGAUUUCUUGUACCCUGAAUCUGCACUGAGCUCCAGAGAAGGAACUGCAGAGAGAGAGAUACUGAUGAAGAGAUCCUCCUUCCCUGGAAUCGCCCCCAGAGUGGAGUUUACCACCACAUCAGUCAUCGAGGAGAGUAAUGGGAGAGACAACUGUCCUGCCUCACCUGUGUGCUUUUCUCCAUUAAGGUCAUCUUUAACCUCAUCAAAAAAGGGUGCAGUAAAGAAGUCUUCUCCAUUGAGGGUGCAUUUUUCCAAGAUAGAUGACGCAACCUGUGUCACUUCAAAGUGUGGGAAGGAAGAGCUAAAUGUUGGUGCUAGAAGUCCAAACUCUGCAGCUCUCUCAACAUCCAGACGCUCCCCAUCUUCAAAAUCAACCAGCUGCAAUCCCCAGAAUAAGAAGAAGGAGAGAAAACAGGCUUCUCCCAGAAUUUCUGUGGACUCUGGCUACCAGCUGCCGACAGUUUCCUCAAGGACACGAGCGUUAUCCCCUUACACCCACCGCAAGAUGUGCCAGCUUUCAGAGGACGCCCGGCAGAGGCUCAGCCAUCUCCAGCUGGGGCCUCACCACUUCAGGAAGGAGACCGAAAGCCAGCAGCCUUUCUUGGUGCCUCGCUGCAGCAGUGCCUCAUGGAUGGAAACUCCUCCUUUCUCUCCUCAGAGCGGUAGCAUGAAUCGACAGUCUGUCAGCUUAAUAUCUGAUCACACAGAUUCUUCUCUCCUGGGGAGUUACAGACCAAAAACAAACAGAGUGAGUUCAGGUUCCGUCAGGGUCCACUUGUCUCCAGAGACACAGUUUAGACUUAAAGCCCAGACUGAAAGCCCAAAAGUGCGAGGUGCUGCCUUAUCUAAGUCAACCCUGACCACAUCAGAGCCCAGAAGUCCCGUGAAUCUCAGCCACUCCCUCAGGGAAAGGCUCUCGACCAGCCAGCUCAGUCCAUCCUACUGGGAAAUCCACAGCCGUGUCCAAAGGAUCUUACAGACACACAAAACUAAGGGACCACCAAGUGAUUUUUGACCUUUGACCUUUACUGAUCUGCCGACAUGGUGACCAGACAAACAACUGAGAUGUCAAUACAAAGAUGUUUUACUGUUGAACCAUUCAUGCUAACAAUGUUGUUACUUUAAACUUAAAAACAGGUACUGGUAUUUAAUACACAUACACACAUUCACAAACCCUCUUAACCUCAUGAUUUUAAAAUACAGUGAGCCAAACCAUCUCACACACAUUUAUCUCACUUCGAUGUUUAUUUAAAUCUCAAACUAUCCCAGGCACCUGCUGAGCUGUGCUUGUCGUUGUAGUUACUCUUUGAAAAGGCAGAGAAUUUGUUGGGGUUACGCUCAAAAGCAAAGAAGCGCUGCUUCCCUCCCACCCGUCAGCUGGGCUGUUUUUUUUUUCUAAAACGCCCUGUUGGUGAAAACCAAACAGAGACGUUCUAAUUUCUCUAAAGCCUUGUGUGAAAUUGGCUCGGGUACAAAGAAGCUACAUACGUGUGUGUGUGUGUGUGUGUGUGUGUGAGAGAGGAGGCGACAUGGUGGAUGUAAGCUGCAGCUGUUAAGGGCUCAUCUCUCACAACACAAAAGAGAGACAAGAAGGUAGCCAAGAGCCACCGAUGGGAGCCAGCAGCUAAAAGCGACUGAAGAGAUUUAAGAGAGAGAGGAGGAACAAAAGAAAUACUGAAUCAAAGAGAAGAAGACACAAAGCAUGGAGCCUUAACAUAAUCAUUCAGUGUUACACUGAAAUGUCUUGAACAUUAUCAAUCAGACGGUUGACGGUAUGAAGGUUGUAUGCGCUCAUUGCAGGUUAUCUGCUCUUUGUAAUGAACUUCAUGUCAGGUAGUAUUUCUUCUACCAGGAGCUCAGUUAAAUAUUUAUCAGUGUUUGUAAAGUAAAAUGCAGUGAUGUUUUGCACUUUUAUAACUGCUACUCAAGGUUUCAUUUUAUUCUGAAGGAUGCCAAAUGUAAAAAAAAAAGUUAGAUUAUUUUACAGAUGACUGAUCAGGGAAUUAUAGAAGUUUUUUUUUUGCAAUGCAAGUAAAUUUGCAGUCAGGACCAAAUCAUGUUAAACUUCAUUGUAUUAUUUUUUCUCAUUGAGUUAUAUUGACCAUGUUCCCAUCCUUAGCGGAAAAAUGUCCCAUUUCCUACGUAACCAGUCAGAUUGUGCUGCUCACUCAAAAGUUACAUUGAAAAUGUUUGUUUUCUUACAGCGAUUUAAAAUGUGCCUCAUGUGUUCAUCCUCUGACUGCGUACAGUUUGUUUCCCAAAUGAUAUAUCAGAUUUAACAUUGUUGUUUUGGUGUCUGAUUUCACUGACUAUUUUAAAUCUUCAUUGAACUAUUCCUAACCCAGUGAGCAGUUCAUGUUAGAUAGCAUUUUGUCACUUUGUAAACACAUGAAUUCACUCAUUUGAAAAUGUAUUCUAUUUUAAAGACAGUAUUAUAUGAUAAAUAUCCUUCAAACUUUGUUUGCUUUUAAUUGUAAUAUGAAGAGAAGUGAUAUAUUUUCAAUGUAUAAUUGUGAUCGGGCACAUUUUUCAGUUUUGGUUAUAAACGACAACAUCGUGGAUUCUUAUCCCACAGGACAGUUUGAGCCAUACUUUCAAAAUGUGAUGAGUUCAUUAAAGGAUAUCAUUGACAAACAUCA